GGUACUAAAGAAAGGAUUACACCCGGUUAUGAUUUCGUGUGCGAAAGUUACUCUAUAAAGUGACUUUCAGUUUUUAUAUAAAGUGUUCAUUCGUGAAUUAAAAAAUGAGUUUUGGAUUACCAUCGUUAAAACAUAAGCCUGAAGUGGCUGAUCAAUUCAACCUUAAUGAAGAUAUAUAUGGCAUUCCAAAUCCUAUGAUUUCUGGAUUGUCAGGAACUAGGCAAAAAAUUGGUUAUUCGCAUCCUUUAGAAGCUUCAGUAUUAAAUUAUAAGAAAAAUGAAGAACGCAUGAACAUGGUCUUACUACGUAAUUCUCAAGGAUUGCAUGCACCGUUGCGUCUUGCAAUGGAAUUAAAAGCGACUGAAAAAAUUGGAAGACUUCCCUUUUUACCGUCGUCAAAUAUCAUGAGGGAUGUUAUUCUUGGUAGAGAUGAAGAAAUUGGUUUUGAGGAUAUAUUGAAUACAUCUGAGUUCAGAGAACAAAUGGGACAACCUCAUGCUGUAAUAGAGAAAAGUCUUGGUAUUCUUUAAGAAGGAGAGAUACAUCAUUCAAAGCAGUCUACAGUAACUUAUUAAUGAUGCAAAUAAUGUGAACAUUACAUUUCCUUGAUAUUUGAAAAUCUUUCAAUCAUUAAAUUUUUAUUAGAUUAAUUAUGCAGAAUGUAUGAAAAGAAAGUUCAAAAGUUUAUCGAAGAAGUUAAGAUAACUUUAUCAAUGAGAUAGAAUGCAUUAAUGCUUUUUAUUGACAAACGUGUUAGAUUAGUUGACUCAUUAAACAUCAUAAUCUGUAUAAAUCAACAAGUCACGUUAAUUACAUUUGAUACAGU